GAAAAUGGUCUAUUUAUAGCUUAACAUUAAAAAAUCUGAGGAACAAAAACAGUAUAAAUUAUAAUAACAACCAAAUUUUGACCAAAAUGAUGAAAUAAAUAACAACAAAAAAAUAAUAAUUGGGAGAAAAAUAAGUAAAGAAGUAACCAAUCUUUCAAAGCAAGCUUUAGAGAUAAUAUAGUCAAACAUUUGACUUUUGAGCCACCUCUCAUCCCUGGCCUUAUAUAAACCUUACGCUCCCACACGUCUUCUCUAAAAUCUCUUAAAGCUUCCUUCACAAUCUCAAAAGCCAUUUUUCAAAUUUCAAACUCAGAGAGAGAGAGAUGUGUCCUUCUGGUAGAAUCGCGAUUCCGAUAACCACCACCGCGAAUCCAAAUUUCCGACCAGCUUUCGAAAUCAUCGACACAGAUCACGACGGUAAAAUCAGCAGCGACGAUCUCCGUGCAUUCUACGCCGGAAUCCCUUCCGGUGAAAACAACGACGAGACGAUGAUCGGAACGAUGAUAUCAGUAGCGGACGCGAACAAAGACGGAUUCGUUGAGUUCGAUGAAUUCGAGAAAGUUCUAGAAACGACGCCGUUUUCUAGAUCUGGUAACGGAGGAGACGAUGGAUUGAUGAAAGAUGUGUUUAAGGUGAUGGAUAAAGACGGAGAUGGGAGACUGAGUUACGGAGAUCUGAAGAGUUAUAUGGAUUCGGCUGGUUUAGCUGUAACCGACGAUGAAAUCAAAUCUAUGAUUCGAUUAGCCGGUGGUGAUUUAAACGACGGCGUUUCGUUCGACGGUCUGCUUAAGAUCUUUGGGUGUUGAAAAAAAAAGUUCGUUUUUUUUGACACCGCACAUUUUCCAACUUUAUUUUGUUUCUCAGUUUUGUUUGUUUGUUUGCAGAAGUGUAUUUGUGUCCACCCAGAUUUUGUUUUAUGUUGUUAUAAAAAUGUGAGAAAACUAAUGUUGGAACACUAUUCAUAUAUUUUGUGAUUUACAGCAACGGCUCUCAAAAGUCUUUUGGGCCCAACCCACCAACGAAUGAUACAUAUCUUGUUUGAUGUUGAUACUAUGUUUUUAAGCAGAGCAAUCAAAAACUAGUUGUACAUCUUUCUUCACUAUCAUUGAAAACUAUGUUUUUAAUACCAAACAUUGAAAACAUUCUAGAGAGUACAAAUGCCUCUUCAUCUUCUAUUCUGAAUCCAAAUAUAUC